AACUUGUAGCUAUACAAGAUAUUAUAUUCGACCACAUUAAGUGUUACAAUAUUAUUUAGACGAUGUUUAAUUCGUAUGAGUAAUUUUGUGUAAUGAAUGAUCGAAUAGUAACUGAAUUAUAAAAAAUAAGAAGACGAUUCAUUUGUGUAUAUAUGUUUUGCAUAUGAAGCUUUUUCUAACAUUGCCAGCAUUUAGUUAGGUUAUAUCAUGAAGUGUUUUUGUCGUAAUCUUUUGAUAUUAAGGGACUUGCAUAGUUGUACUACAUUAUUUCGAGAAGUACCAAAAGAUUUAAAAGGGAAGAAGCAUAGCUCGCAAUUAUGGCUUACAAGACAGUUAAAAGAUCCUUACGUGGAGAUGGCUCGAAAAGAAAAUUAUAGAUGUAGAAGCGCAUACAAAUUAUUAGAAAUCAAUGAUAAAUUUAAAAUAUUGCAGCCAGGGCAUAUCGUAAUUGAUUGUGGAGCUGCUCCUGGCAGUUGGACACAAGUUGCUAUUAAAGCAACAAAUGCAAAUGCUAAGGAAGAUGGUGAUGUUGGAACUGUUUUUGGAAUAGACAAGCAACCUAUAUAUCCGAUCGAAGGUGCAACAUUAUUGAGUGGCAUGGACUUUACCGAUCCAGCAUCUCAAAAUCUACUUCUAAAACAUUUAAAUGGUAAAAAACCUAAUGUAGUUUUAUCAGAUAUGGCACCAAAUGCGUCUGGCAUAAGAGACUUGGAUCAUGAGAUCAUAAUACAACUCGCAUAUAUUGCUCUGAAAUUUGCUUUACAAAUUAGUGAAAAAAAUGGAACAUUUGUCUGUAAAAUAUGGGACGGUGGAAAGUCUCAACAAUUUGAGAAAGAUUUGGUAAAAUUUUAUAAACAUGUAAAAUCCCUAAGACCGGAGGCAACGAGAGAUGAGUCUACAGAGAAGUUUUUCAUAGCUAGAGGAUUCAAAGGAAUAAAAAGUACAUCCAGUAAUACAACGUAACAUGCAGUUUCUUUAACAAUUAAGUUAUGUACAAUAAAAAAUGCUUAAUGAAUAAAAUGAUUUCUAACAUAA